CGGAACGUACCGGCCGCGACAAUGACUAGCUGGUUGCUGGUCGCCAAUAUUGCACAAGCAGUCAACACCGUGAUCUGGAGCGGCAAGGUAAACGUCAUUGCGCCUGUGUGGUGCGACAUCGUUACCCCCGUCGUAUUGGCCACCUCCAUCGCCGUUUUGGGCGCCAUCUUAUGCGUCUGCGCUCGCCUCGAACUCCUCUCGUCAUCACGCCGGCUACCACACAGCACGAACAGCAAACGUAUCGAAACUGUAGUUCGGAUCAUAUUUUGUAUCCUUUUGCCCUUGUUUUAUGCUGCAUUGCAUUUGGUUGUGCAAGACCAUAGAUUCGUUAUAAUUGAGGACUUUGGCUGCCAGGCAGCC